CACAGAGCAAUGAUCUAACCUGACUCUUCUGCUUCUUUUGCGCGCGUCUGAACACGUUUUCCAUGCUCAUACGAAGAUCCAAAGUGUAAGAACGCAUUAGGAAGACGCGCUCUUUUCGGCUGUAACUGCCAUGGCACGGUGGAGGAUUCGUGUAAGCUUCUCGAUUGAAUAAACUCGUUUACUAGUUCGAUUCAGCCAUGCCGCACGGGAGAACCAGGAACCCGAGCCCCAUCCCGGAGGUAACAUGGGACACGGGGCUCAAAGAGAUGAACGAGACGUGGAAAGGGGCCGUGGCGUGCCUCGGAGUUGCCGUUUUCUUUGUCAUGACCAUUGGCAUAAUUUACUGGCAAGUGGUGGACCAGCCCAACAAGAACUGGAUCCUGAAGGGCAGUUUAAGCGGGCUGGUGUGGGAGCGCAGGACGCACUCGCUGCUGGUGCAGACGCUCACUGAGGAGAAGACCUUGGUGCAGAUCGAUGUGGGACACGCAGGUGGUGCAGACACAGACGUACCGUUUGUGCGCAAUCUCUGCUGGCUUAACAAGACCGAAUUCUGUUACACCUGGGACUCGGUGGCUGAUGUAAGGAUCUCUCUGAACACUGGGGACCAGACUGAGACCGGUACCGAGUGCUACAGUAUGACCUGGACCCCGGUGCAUUGCCAUGUGCAGCUCAAGGAUUGUUUUUCCAUGCUAAACGUAUCAUGGUACGGUGGGGGCAGUGUCCACGCGCCAAGGUGGCCAAUAAACGAUGUGGAUGUUUCAAUGCAGCCCUUCACUGUCAGUGACCUACAUGAUAACCCUACAGGAUUUGGUUCAGUCCUAGAGCGAUACUUCCUGGGCUCAUCAGGUGUGGCAGUACUGGUGGCCCCAGAUAUACCACUGCAUGUAGGGAUGGAAAGCAGGCAGCAGUUUUGUCUCCAAACUGCCAGUAUGGAGCAAAGGCCUCUUCAGUACACUGUCUGUGUCGGACACAAUGUCAAAGCCGUUUACCAAGAUUCAAUACAGCUGCUCUCUACACCUAUACGAGAACUGCCCAGCAUGGAUGUCUUAAGGCUGCCUUUCUGGAAACUUCCAGCCACUGUGGACUUAGAGGCAAAGAUUGAAAGGGAGCUGAGAACAUUUUCUAACCGGCUAAAGAGGCACCAUCUAGGGGAAGGGGUCAUCAGCCUAGAUGAACAUUCCACCUCUCUCCUUUCCAACAUGGACCAUGAUUACUAUGAUGGCAAGAGAAUAACGUCAAAGAGACAGAGCAGGGACCUCCCUUUUGUGAAGCUUCUGAACAUUUCCAUAACCUUGUCACCAUAUUUAAGCGUGGACUCAUGGCAGUUUCAGACCGCCAUACAGGACGGCCUGCAGAACUACUGGCUCAGCCUACCCUCUGGCCCACAGGCUCGGAUGGUUCCACUAUUAACUCAGUGGAGAGGAAAGUACUGUGUUAAGCUGAACAUCACCAACCCAGAAGCAACAAACUGGUUCUUGGAGAGAGUGAGCAGUCUGCAUAGUCGCCUGGGUAUGGAGUACAUUAUGCUGGAAGGUGGAGAGGGAAACCCAUUUGAGGAACAGGCUCUGCGUACCCCCUCUGCCCUCACAGGAGAUGAGUACAUCAGGCUCUUGGCACACCUUGCUGAGAACAUAGGGCAUAACGCCAUUGUGAGCACAGGAACAAGGUCCAGUCACAAGCCUUUAUUCAUCCAUAUGAGUGCACUGCAGUCUGACUGGAGCUAUGCUGGUCUUAAAGGCAUCAUUCCAUCUCUGCUGCAUUACAGCCUGCUAGGCUAUAAUUUCUUCAUUCCCGAUGCAGUAGGAGGCUCUCUUUCCACUGAGAUGGUCAUGGACAAUGAGCUCUUCAUUCGCUGGCUGGGAAUUGUGGCAUUUCUUCCUGUUCUUAGCUUCCAGACACCUCCAUGGGCAUCAGGGGAGGACCAUGUCCUUAACUUCACAAGAAAGUAUAUAGCUAAGCACCAUGAGUUUGUAGUGCCUCUGAUAGAGAAAUAUGCAGAGGAGUGGCAGGCCACUGGAAACCCCAUCUACCGACCACUGUGGUGGAUCAGUCCUGAUGAUCUGACCACUUUUAAUAUCGAUGAUGAGUUUCUCAUUGGAGAUAAGGUCCUCGUGGCCCCCAUAACUGAAAAGGGAACCCUGCAGAGAGACAUUUAUCUUCCAGGGAGUGAUCUUCAGUGGCAGGAUGCCAACAACGAUAAAGUGUUUGAUGGAGGGACGCUGCUUCAGAGUUACCACAUCGGUUUAGAUGUGCCUGUAUUCAUACGAAAGACCUCCUGAGGCCAAGCUCACUGACUAUCACAAGGCUGAUUUUCUAUUUUUUGAAAUUUUUACACUUAUCCACAUCUCAAGUUGCACUUUCCAUAAAGACCAUUCUCUGUGUCUCAAGCCACAGCCCUUUGCUUAUGUACAAUAUUUUCUUUUCUAUUUGCACUUUUGAAAUUAUUUAUAACUGUUUUUUAAUCCACUUGGCUUCAUUUCUCUGCUGGUUCUUCUGCUCUGUUUUUCUACUUACAUUGUUGAACUGUGGUUUACACUUGAUAAAUUCUUACCACCUUAAAAGUUGAUCUGUUUUCACCUGUCAUCAAAUGGAUAAGACAUCAAUAACCACUUUCUUCACUCUCUUAAAAUGUAUGAUUUAUGAGAUUAUUUCUAAAGAAGACCAAACGAUCAUUGAGUAGAGACUUCCUGCUGAGGAGAAAGCUGUAAGGAAGAACCCUCCUGCUGCCACCAGAGUAAACACAGUUUAACAUCUGUGUACUGAGCAGGCUUUUCACUUAGAUUCUGCUAGCUAUUUUAUUUUACUUGUACCUCAAGUUUAUUGUUUCUAUGUUUAAUAUAAACGUGAAAGAACCCAAAAGCACUUCUUACCAAAAGAACCCAAAAGCACAAAUGCUACAAGGUAGUCACUUUCAAUCCAAUGCUACGGUUUAGCAUCUAUAAAGCUGCACAGUCUUACAACAGGAUACUCGUGAAAUAACUUUUUUGUCAAUCAAUUAUGUUGUUGUUUUUUAGUUGUCAUUUUAUGACACUGUGAUUUAUGUCUCUGUAUGUUUUAUCAGCUCUUUAAUUGAAGUAAUAUGUGGCAUGGUAAUCUAGCAGAUUAACAAGAGAUAAACAUAUGUAUAAUUGUAGCUAGAAUAAGAUCAAUUAUAAUCAAUACUGAUGAGAAUAUUUCAGGAAUGAUUUUGUCCUUAUAUAAUAUACGUAUUUAAUGUGUUUAUGUAACAAACUUAUCUCUUUAAUUAUUUGAUGAAUUAGAAUCUGAAUCAGAAAGUCUGGAUAUAAUUUAAAUUAACAUAAUCUACAUAAAAAUAUUUCAGUACUGCCAAAUGAUAAAUGAUUAAACUUGCUAGGUUUCUUCAACACUGCAACAACAUGCAUGAUUUCUUCUUUAUUUAUAAAUUAACAUAGGUAUGCAUUUGAUUGUUGGGCUUUAAGUCUCAAGAAUCAGUCAUUCUCAUAUGAAACUCCAAUGUAAUACAGUAUGUAGACUUGCCAACUUGAUUGAUAUGUCAACGUUUACUGUAACUGAAGGGCUUUCAGGUCAAAGAGAUCCAAUCUAAACAAAUUUCUUAUUUAGGCCCUAUGUUUAACACGCUUAAAUGUCUUAAUCUUUUUUUAUAUUAGCUCAUACAUGGUUUUCAUGCAAAACAAACUGUGAUGCAUUUUCAGACCUGUAUUCAAAAUCUUAAUUCUUUUUUUUUUUUUUAUACUGAGAAUUUUGCUAAUUUUUGUCUACUUGUGGUUUUCAUUUGCUAAGUGAUCAAUUAGUUUUGUUUGAUUUCAGAAGUGCCUUAAACAACUCAGCAAUGUAAGAGAUAACUGACUGUACCAUUUGAUUAUUAUAAAUGCUGAUUUACAAUAAAGUUUACACUUUCUUACUGUAGAAAAAGAUGUAAUGUUGACGUCAUACUGUGAAGGAUAAAAGAGCUAUUCUUAAGCUGGUACGAGGGCAUUAUGUAACAUAUUAGUUUGAUUGACAGUUUUGUAUUCUUGCAGACGGUUCUCUAUUUGGGACAGUGGUAGCCUAGUGGGUAGAGCUUUGGGCUAUCAACUGAAAGAUUGAGAGUUCGAAUCCCAACUCUGCUAUGCAGCCCCUGGCUCUUAACCCCUUUCUGCUCCAGGGGCACCAUACAAUGACUCACCCUGUGCUCUGACCCCAGCUUCCGAACAAGCUGGGAUAUGCGAAGAGAGAAUUUUGUUGUACUGUUCACCUGUAUAUGUAUAUAUGACAAAUAAAG